GCGCUCGCCGGUCUUUAAUGGUGGCCAUGUUGGAUCGGAAGUGAAGGCGAAGAGGACAGAGGGGGGGAAAAAAAAGUGGCCGUCAGGAGCAGGACCACCUCCUCCACCACCUUCCUUCACCCCUUCAAUUCCCUCUGCAGCCGGCGGAGGAAGCUUUUUAUCGAAACGCCGGAGGGGGCGGGGGAAGCGCGAGACAAGACAAACACUAACGUGGAACCGUCUCAGAUAUCUUAUUUAUUGUUUUGCUGCUGAUGCGGGUGAAAAGGAAAUAACGACAGUUUUUUUUUAAAAAAAGGGACAAUGGCGGACCCGGCGGAGUGCAGUAUAAAAGUGAUGUGCCGCUUCAGGCCGCUCAAUAACUCGGAGGUCUGUCGAGGAGAUAAAAAUUCCUCCAAAUUUCAGGGGGAGGACACGGUGUUGGUCGGGGGCAAGUCUUAUGUGUUUGACCAUGUUUUCCAACCAAAUUCAUCACAAGAACAAGUGUACAAUGCCUGUGCAAAAAAUAUUGUCAAAGAUGUGCUUGAUGGGUACAAUGGCACAAUAUUUGCAUAUGGUCAGACGUCCUCUGGUAAAACUCACACAAUGGAAGGAAUACUUCACGAUCCUGAUGGUAUGGGAAUUAUUCCAAGAAUAGCACAGGAUAUAUUUAACUACAUUUACUCCAUGGAUGAAAAUCUCGAAUUUCACAUUAAGGUUUCGUAUUUUGAAAUUUAUUUGGACAAGAUUAGGGAUCUUUUGGAUGUAUCGAAGACCAACCUCUCUGUCCAUGAAGAUAAAAACAGAGUUCCUUAUGUGAAGGGAUGUACUGAACGUUUUGUUUGCAGUCCCGAUGAGGUUAUGGAUACAAUUGAUGAAGGAAAAUCCAACAGACAUGUUGCUGUUACAAAUAUGAACGAACACAGCUCACGUAGCCACAGUAUCUUUCUUAUUAAUGUCAAACAAGAAAACACUGCAACUGAACAGAAACUAAGUGGCAAGCUUUAUCUGGUUGACUUGGCAGGGAGUGAGAAGGUCAGUAAAACUGGAGCAGAAGGGUCUGUGCUAGAUGAAGCAAAGAAUAUCAACAAGUCGUUGUCAGCACUGGGAAAUGUUAUUUCUUCACUAGCAGAAUCGAGUAACUACGUACCAUACCGUGACAGUAAAAUGACACGAAUUCUACAGGAUUCUCUGGGUGGUAACUGUCGAACUACCAUAGUUAUCUGCUGCUCUCCUUCAUCCUACAAUGAGUCAGAGUCUAAAAGUACAUUGAUGUUUGGUCAGAGAGCCAAGACAAUUAAGAACACAGUAACGGUUAAUGUUGAGUUAACAGCAGAACAAUGGAAGAAAAAAUAUGAACGAGAAAAGGACAAGAACAAGACCUUACGGAAUACGAUUCAGUGGCUUGAAAAUGAACUUAAUAGAUGGCGCAAAGGUGAGUCGGUACCUGUAGAUGAACAGUACGACAAAGAGAAAAACAAGGAAGCAUUGGAAAUUGUUCUCGCCAAUGACAAAGUGGAACAAACGCCAGCCGUCAAGCUCACUGAUGCUGAGAAACUAAAACUGGAUGGAGAGAUCUCCAAACUAUAUAAACAGCUCGAUGACAAGGAUGAGGAGAUCAAUCAGCAGAGCCAGCUGGUGGAAAAGCUAAAACAGCAGAUGUUGGAUCAGGAAGAACUUCUGGCAUCCACCAGGCGAGACCAAGACAACACGCAAUCCGAACUGAACCGCCUGCAGGCUGAAAAUGACGCUUCCAAAGAGGAAGUGAAAGAAGUACUGCAGGCCUUGGAGGAACUUGCAGUCAACUAUGACCAGAAAUCACAAGAGGUGGAGGACAAGACGAGGGAAUUUGAAUUACUUAGUGAUGAGCUGAGUCAGAAGUCGGCUACAUUGAGUUCCAUUGAUGCAGAACUACAAAAACUUAAGGAAAUGACCAAUCAUCAAAAGAAACGAGUGACUGAGAUGAUGACGUCAUUGUUAAAGGACCUUGCAGAGAUUGGAAUUGCAGUUGGAAACAAUGAUGUCAAGCAGCCUGAAGGAAGUGGUCUCAUAGAUGAGGAAUUUACAGUAGCUAGACUGUAUAUCAGCAAGAUGAAAUCUGAAGUGAAGACAAUGGUGAAACGCUGCAAACAGUUAGAGACCACACAGGGUGAUAGCAAUAAGAAAAUGGAAGAGAAUGAAAAGGAACUGGCAGCUUGUCAACUCCGUAUCUCCCAGCAUGAGGCAAAGAUCAAGUCUCUCACAGAAUAUCUGCAGAAUGUGGAGCAGAAAAAGAGACAUCUGGAGGAGAAUGUCGAUUCACUCAAUGAAGAGUUAGUAAAACUUCAGGCACAAGAGAAAGUACAUGAAAUGGAGAAGGAGCACUUGAACAAAGUAGAAAAUGCAAACGAAGUGAAGCAAGCUGUGGAGCAGCAAAUGCAGAGUCACCGUGAAGCCCACCAGAAACAGAUCAGCAACCUGAGAGAUGAAAUUGAGAAGAAAGAAAAAGUCAUUACAGAUCUCCAAGACCAAAAUCAAAAGAUGAUGUUGGAGCAGGAACGUCUCCAUUUAGAGCAUGAAAAACUCAAGUCUGUGGACCAGGAGAAAAGCCGCAAAUUACAUGAGCUUACGAUUAUGCAGGAUAGGCGAGAACAAGCUCGGCAGGAUCUCAAAGGACUGGAAGAAACUGUGGCAAAAGAACUGCAGACAUUACAUAACCUGCGGAAACUUUUUGUUCAAGACCUAGCAACCAGAGUUAAAAAGAGUGCGGAAAUGGACUCCGAUGACACUGGUGGUAGUGCGGCACAGAAGCAGAAGAUAUCCUUUCUUGAGAACAACCUUGAGCAGCUCACAAAGGUUCAUAAACAGCUGGUACGUGAUAAUGCAGAUCUUCGUUGUGAGCUUCCAAAAUUGGAGAAACGACUUAGGGCUACAGCUGAGAGGGUUAAGGCUUUGGAAUCUGCAUUAAAAGAAGCCAAAGAGAAUGCGUCCCGCGAUCGCAAGCGUUACCAGCAGGAAGUAGAUCGCAUCAAGGAAGCUGUCCGAGCAAAGAACAUGGCAAGGAGAGGGCAUUCUGCACAGAUUGCUAAGCCUGUACGUCCUGGCCAGCCUCCGAUGGCUUCCCCAACUCACCCAAGUGCAAUUCGUGGGGGAGGUGGAUUUUUCCAGAACAGCCAGGCUGUUGCAGUACGUGGAGGUGGUGGUGGCAACACCAAAUCGGAUAAGUUUGUCAGUGGAGGGAUGACUAAUAAUGCUGAAAUUGGAGACAUUGGCUUCAUGCCUUCAUCUGUUAAAGCUGCUAAAGCAACAACAUAAUCAAAGAGGAGAAGCAGACAGCAUCCAAAUCAACCCUUCAUUCCAAGGCAGUGUGAACUCGUCCACUGAGAUUUUUCACAGGAUUAUUUUUUGAAAAUAAAAAAAACUGUACAACUCUACCCUUGGCAGAUUCUCCUCCUUGAUCCCCCCACCCUGCAAAAAAAAAGGAUUGCAAUGUAGGCUUGCAAACAACUACAUGUGAUUUAAUGUGUAGCUCCAUUGCACAGUAAAUUGUCAUUCAUGUCUUAAAUUUAGUCUGCACUGUGCCAAGUUGAAUGUAUGUUGCAGGGAAAAAAAACUUAGCAAAAGCAUUGAAGCCUAAUUUGUGUACAUUUCAUUGUUCUAGGAUUUGUGAAACAAUGUCGCCAAGUAGAUUUGAUAAGCUUGUUUCACAAUGAAAAUGAUUUGGAGGAACACAACUAUCACCCUUGUGUAAAUUAAGAUAGUACUUGAACUUGUUUUCCUACAUUUUUGUUUUUUGGAGAGAUGAAGAGGAUUAGUCAAUAUAGCUUGAAUACUGAGUGCAUUCAUGACAGUAGGUGGUUAGAGCUUCGGAGCUGGUGAGGGUGGGUUGCACAAAAAAAGCUGCUAAAGUUGAAUGAAAUACAGCAUUUUGAUGAGGCCAAUUGAUAUGAAUGUUGCAUUGCCUGACUUUGGUUAUGGAAUAUUUUUUUAAUUCUCCAAAUAAAACAAUGCUAAAACACAUUGGUUGACCAUAACAUUUUGGGGAGAGGAGAUGAAGGCAUUUGGCCUAAUCUAGAAUACUACUUGGUUUGUCCUGUCCAGAUUCUUACCAUGACUUUCGGUUGUAUACCACAAACCGUGCUGCAUUAUGCUGGGAUCCCUUGCAACAAGUAGACAUCCUUAAAAUAUUUUGAGUUCAAGCAAUGCACUGGCUGCAAUUUUAAUAGGUUAAUUGUUUGCACUGUAGGCGAAACCUUUCACAAUAUAGUAGACUGCUUCUGACACAAAGUAAAUGAUUGAGAGAUGCAUGUUACUCCUCAUCUAGCAUGAGGCUAAUGCUUGGUGCAUGCUAGUGCUCACCGCAUUCGCUGAUAGCCAGUGCAAUGCAGCGUGGUUGACGAAAUGCACUGUUCUUUGCUACAAAUGCGACAUAGUUGCAAGAUUGCGGAAUGCAGUUUGUUAUUGGAUCAUUUAUAAGUUUGGAAAAACUCAGUAUUAGUCUAGAUGUCUAGUACCAGAAAAUACAGGAGUUGACGAGACCUUCCCGUGUCUUUAAAAACAUUUUAUCCAUAAGAGAAUUCAGGUUUAACCCUAGUGUUUGCCUAGAGACCAAGAUGGGUGUAGAAUAAGAGGUUAUUAGCUUAAUGUAGGCAGAAAAGACUAAAGCAUGCUAACUGGUGGAAUAAUUGGUUUCUCGACUAGAGUAGGUUAUGGGAUUAGAUGAUUUGUGGAUGAAAUGAGAAAGCAAUAAAUUCAAUAGGAUGCUCCCCGGUAAAGAAGCAUCCCCAUGGACGAAAGCAAAAAUCUCAAUCUCUAAAAUUGAACAAAAUUUUGCUGAGAUUUACAGGAAGUUGUACAGCCUGAAAUUUAAAAUGAUACAUCGUUUUUAUAAAGCCAGAUCCCAUUGUGAAUUCAAUUGGGAUUAUCUCCCUGUCAUUCAUGUAAUUCUGUUUGCAGAAGACUCCACCAAUUAGUUUUUCUACAUUUAGUGCGUAAAUCCUUCUGAUAGUGUACAUGGCUGACAUAGGAUGUUUUUGUGUGAAUAAGUGAGUUAAUUUAUGUAUGAAAGUAAAUUAGUUAUUUACAAGCGAAGCCAAACUGUAGGGAGUUCAGGUGUUUUUUGUGUAGACAGGAUAAAUGAGCAAUAUGUGCUGAAUACUUUAAACAAAAAUAGGUAAUUGUUUAUUUUGUGAAAUUUUGGCAAUGAAAAAGGCAGAUAAUUUGAUGUAGUGUAACGUCCCCAGUGUGGUUACUGGGUCCCAUCUUCACUUCUCUCAGAUGCUGGAGGCUGACUGACAAAUCAGCCAAUAAAGCAACUGUGACUUAAAGUAUAAUGGCUAAGUCCUCCCAACAUUACUGUGGAACAGUUGUAUCUGGAGCCUUUUCAGUCAGGGAUGAUCGAUCCACUUGGAUUUAAUGUUCUUGCUACUGAUCAACCAGUCAGUUUAUCAAGACACCUGAUGAAAGGCAACAUAGAUGCACUAUCAACAGCAUUAAUUUGAUCUUUGGUUUCUAAUCUGCCAGCUCAAAAUGCACUUUUUUUUCAUAAAAAAGUCAGCCAAUGUUUUUGACUGUAAAUGGCUAGUUCAUUUCCUGAGGUGAAACAAUUUUUUUUAAUUUGCAAGAUGUCUACACUGUCUUAAAAAUAAUAUAUAAUUAACUGAAUUUUACAUUUUCACUUGUCAGAUUUUGUGUUCAGAGAGAAUGGUUACUGAGUAUUUAGUAGAAAGGUUGAUUUGUCUCUUGCUCUAAUCUCUCUGAAUAAACUAGAGGUAUUGCAUGUGCCUACAACUCCUGAAGUUUUACAAAUACCAGCAAUGAAGCAUCAGUACAUUAUAAAAGCGAUGCAGUUCAAUUCUACUGAACAUUAUGUAUUUUUAUAUGGUAAAACACUUUAACAUUGCUGUUUCAAGUACCUGUUUCAUGAUCUUUGUAUGAUUUUUUUUGUGGAAUUUCAAAUAUGAAAUCUUCUGCAUCAAAGUUGCCAUGGCAGAUAUCUGGACAGGACAAUACACUGGGUGUUAAAUGCAAAUGAAUUCUCAAUUGUUCAAUAGUUAAAUGCCUUGCUGUCCUGAUUGCAUUACAGUGUAUUCUUCAAGUGCUUAUUGUAAGUUUGUUCCUCAGAACUUAUUGUCAAAAUGAGUGGUUUUUAAGGCAUAAACUCAAUUGAAUAAACCUCGUAUUUAUUCAUGGUGAUCAACUAAAUUAUUUGCAUAAUAUGAACAAUGCUAUCUAUGGCAAUUACUGAAUUGUUCUAAAUUUGACAUGAGAUGACACUAAGGUUUUCCCGCCUGUGGAAUAUGGUGCAGAAUAAGUCGUACAGAGAAAGGCACAUUAAAUUCUGUUUGGUUAAGCAAUUUAGUUUUAACUGACUGCAUGCUGUAAAUGUAUUUGUGUUUAAAUAAACAUGACUUUUGUCUGGGAA